AUGGUCCGCCUCAUCACGCACAACCUGCUCUCGUGCCCGUCCAAGCUGUGCAGCUACCCGACCAACUUUCCGCUCCAGUUCCGCAACGUCUCGCGGAUCGAGCUGAUCGACCAGGACUUUAACGAGCACUUUGUCCGCGGCUUCCUCAGUCGGUUGGAGUGGCACGCCUUGUGCACGAGUGCCCAACAGGUCAGUGUAUAGAUUCCCAUCUGGGUCACAAGAUCGCCAGACUGUAAGAGGCCGCACGCAAGAGCAGCGAUACAUACGUCCCGGAGAGAGCCGAGCAACGGUCGACCCCACCUUUCACUUCUUGGACUCGCUCAAAUUCAUCAGUUGGAACCCAUUGGAAAGAAUCCCUUUUAGUGCGAGCCCAUGCUCAUUCCUCCCCCCCCCCCCCCCCCUGCUCCUCUCCCCAAAAGCUCGGCGACACUUCGCUCCCGGCCGAACGACCCGACUUUGACGACCCACAAGCCGUACCUCUCGACCUCAUCCAAAAACUGCACCACGUAUUACUCGAAGUGAGCAGCCCAUCCUGAAGCCUUAUCAAAACAUGAAAACAUAAAAAAAAACCGCUCUGAAACCAUUUGACCGAAUACUGUUCUCCACCAGAUCGUCGUCAUCGACGGCGAAAUGGUGUGCCCCUCCCCCGCCUGUGGCCACAUCUUCCUCAUCAAGGACUCGAUCCCCAACAUGGUACGUCAUCCGGUCCCCCCCCUAUCAUUCAUCAUUCUCGCUCGCCGCUGA